AUGCUCGCGGCUCAUCCCAGCGCUUCUCUUUUAGGGCCGCGCCGAGCGCUGAGCCUGCUGCUUCUGCUGCUAGCGCGGCCCAGCCUCCCAGUCGUAGGCUGCCCCGCACCGUGCAGCUGCGCAGGGACGCUCGUGGACUGUGGGCGCCGCGGAAUGACCUGGGCCUCGCUGCCCGCUGCCUUCCCUCCCGACACCACCGAACUGGUGCUGACCAGCAACAACUUGACCGCACUGCCGCCUGGGCUUCUGGAUGCUCUCCCUGCGCUGCGUGUAGUGCACCUGGGCGCCAACCCCUGGCGCUGCGACUGCCGCUUACUGCCGCUGCGCGCCUGGCUGGCCGGCCGCCCCGAACGCGCGCCCUACCGCGACCUGCGCUGUGUCGCGCCUCCAGCGCUGCGCGGCCGCUUGCUGCCCUACGUGGCAGAGGACGAGCUGCGGGCAGCGUGCGCGCCCGGCCUGCUCUGUUGGGGGUCUCUGGUGGCACAGCUCGCGCUGCUGGUCCUCGGGCUGCUACACGCACUGCUGCUGGUGCUCCUGCUGGGUCGCCUGCGGAGGUUGCGUGCGCGUGCGCGCGCCCGCGCCUUCCGCGAGUUAUCGCUCACAGACCCGCUGGUGGACGAGCAGACAUCCUAA